GUGCGCGUGGGGACUCCGUGUGUGCAUGUGUCUUUGCAUUGAAGGAUGUUGGGGGGAUGAGGUGGGCUCUCUGUGCCUUCUUCCCCGCGCUACCCCAUUGCUUGGGGGACUCGGCUCUUCCUUGCCGGGGAAUCGACUACACCCACGUCUAGCUCAAGUUAACCCUCUUCUGUGAAGCAUUCCUGCCGACUCCGCUGACCUGAGGGCUCCUGAGGUCGUAGCGUGUUUUGUGAGCCGUUACCGGCAGAGGGUAUGGAGGGUGUUGAAGGGUGAGAACUCGUCAGUGACCUGGGACACGACAGCGUUCUGUAUACCCAGCGCCAGGCACGGAGUACAUGUUGAAUAAAUGUGUUCCCGGAACACGAAAACAACGGGACGAGGAGACCAAACCCUUUCGUCCCCGUGCUCGGCCCUCGGCCCUCCGGCACGCCUCCGUCAGCGCCCCGCAGUCAGUCCUAAACACUUUGGACACUACUCUUCCCAACGCCAACGUCAAGCGAGCCACUCUCCUUUUGGCCACGAAGCAGGUCCCAAGCUUGGGCCUAAAUCUUGUUCAUCUUGAUAGUAGUGGUACCGCGUAUUUAUUGAGCACCUGCAUCUCUAAGCCUUAUAAUUCACUGAUUUAUUCAACAAAUUAUUUACUCAGUACAGUGGCUCAGGCACCAGUGUGGGAUCCUGUAUACGUUGGGUCUCCAUCUCUCCACCCCUGGGGUACCACUCUCUGGAGGAGGGCAAGAGGGGCUCCAGAAUGGCUGAGGAGAAGAAGCUGAAGCUCAGCAAUACGGUCCUGCCCUCGGAGUCGAUGAAGGUGGUGGCUGAGUCGAUGGGGAUCGCACAGAUUCAGGAGGAGACCUGCCAGCUGCUGACCGAUGAGGUCAGCUACCGCAUCAAGGAGAUUGCCCAGGAUGCCUUGAAGUUCAUGCACAUGGGGAAGCGGCAGAAGCUUACCACUAGUGACAUUGACUAUGCGCUGAAGCUGAAGAACGUCGAGCCACUGUAUGGCUUCCACGCUCAGGAGUUCAUUCCUUUCCGUUUUGCGUCUGGCGGGGGCCGGGAGCUUUACUUCUACGAGGAGAAGGAGGUUGACCUGAGCGACAUCAUCAAUACCCCUCUGCCCCGGGUGCCCCUGGACGUCUGCCUCAAAGCUCAUUGGCUGAGCAUUGAAGGCUGCCAGCCAGCUAUCCCAGAGAAUCCACCCCCAGCUCCCAAAGAGCAGCAAAAGGCUGAGGCCACGGAACCCCUGAAGUCAGCAAAGCCAGGCCAGGAGGAAGACGGACCCUUGAAAGGGAAAGCUCAAGGGGCUGCUCCAGCUGAUGGCAAAGGGAAAGAGAAGAAGGCACCGCCCCUGCUGGAGGGAGCCCCUUUGCGGCUGAAGCCACGAAGUAUCCACGAGUUGUCUGUGGAGCAGCAGCUGUACUACAAGGAGAUCACUGAAGCCUGUGUGGGCUCCUGUGAGGCCAAGAGAGCGGAGGCACUGCAGAGCAUUGCAACAGACCCGGGGCUCUAUCAGAUGCUGCCACGGUUUAGCACCUUCAUCUCUGAGGGGGUCCGUGUGAAUGUGGUGCAGAACAACCUGGCCCUGCUCAUCUACCUGAUGCGCAUGGUGAAGGCCCUGAUGGACAACCCCACUCUGUAUCUAGAAAAAUAUGUGCAUGAGCUGAUUCCAGCUGUGAUGACGUGCAUUGUGAGCAGACAGCUAUGCCUGCGGCCAGAUGUGGACAAUCACUGGGCACUCCGGGACUUUGCUGCCCGCCUCGUGGCCCAGAUCUGUAAGCAUUUCAGCACAACCACGAACAACAUCCAGUCCCGUAUCACCAAGACCUUCACCAAGAGCUGGGUGGACGAGAAGACUCCAUGGACCACACGUUAUGGCUCCAUCGCAGGCCUGGCAGAGCUGGGACACGAUGUGAUUAAGACUCUGAUUCUGCCACGGCUGCAGCAGGAAGGGGAGCGGAUCCGCAGCGUCCUGGAUGGCCCUGUGCUGAGCAACAUCGACCGCAUUGGAGCUGACCACGUGCAGAGCCUCCUCCUGAAGCACUGUGCCCCUGUUCUGGCAAAGCUACGCCUACCACCUGACAAUCAAGAUGCUUAUCGGGCAGAAUUUGGGUCCCUUGGGCCCCUCCUAUGCUCCCAUGUUGUCAAGGCCCGGGCCCAAGCUGCUCUGCAGGCUCAGCAGGUCAAUAGGACCACUCUGACCAUCACUCAGCCCCGGCCCACUCUGACCCUCUCACAGGCCCCUCAACCAGGCCCUCGAACCCCUGGCUUGCUGAAGGUCCCUGGCUCCAUUGCAUUGCCUGUGCAGACACUGGUGUCUGCGCGAGCUGCUGCCCCGCCUCAGCCUUCUCCUCCCCCAACCAAGUUUAUUGUGAUGUCGUCAUCCUCCAGCGCCUCAUCCACCCAGCAGGUCCUGUCCCUCAGCACCUCAGCCCCCGGCUCAGGCUCUACUACUACCUCUCCCGUCACCACCACGGUCCCCAGCGUGCAGCCUAUCGUCAAGCUGGUCUCCACGGCCACCACUGCUCCCCCCAGCACUGCGCCCUCUGGUCCCGGCAGUGUCCAGAAGUACAUCGUGGUCUCUCUUCCCCCUACAGGGGAGGGCAAAGGGGGCCCCACCUCCCAUCCUUCCCCAGCUCCACCCCCAUCCUCGGCCCCCUCCCCACUUGGGGGCAGUGCCCUGUGUGGGGGGAAACAGGAAGCUGGGGAUAGCCCCCCUCCAGCUCCCGGGACUCCAAAAGCUAAUGGCUCCCAGCCCCCUGGAUCUAGCUCUCCUCAGCCUGCGCCUUAAUGCUGUCACACAUCUGCCAGCCUCCUGUCCCCAACUCUCUCUCUCUCCCACAUACACACACACACGUAUAUAUGCUGGGUGGAAGGAAGUAAUAGUUUGCUUCCUCCAUGUUAUUAUUAUUAUUAUUAUUUUUUAGAUAUUGUACAGCCAGUUCCUCAGAAUAAAAGUUUGAUUUGUAAGUUCUGA